CCACUCUGAGACGGCGUCCUCCUGCCUUGGAGAGGGGAAGCAGACUGGAAGACAUCUCAGUGACCAGACCAGAACCUCCCACGCCCAGGUGAGGCCAGGACCCCUGCCCAGCUCCUUCCCCAGGAUGGACAGGGGCUCCAGCUCCUGGGCCCACCUUGGACUAAACCUGCUGCUUCUCCUGCUGGUGCUGCCGCCCGAGAGCCGGGCCAGCGAGCACUGCUACGGCGUCCCCGGGAUGCCGGGCCUGCCCGGGCCCCCGGGGAAAGACGGGCACGACGGACUGCAAGGGCCCAAGGGCGAGCCAGGCAUCCCAGCUAUUCCUGGGACACGAGGACCCAAGGGCCAGAAGGGAGAAGCUGGCACACCUGGCAUUCCUGGGAAAAACGGCCCCAUGGGAGCCCCCGGGUUGCCGGGGGAUCCUGGACUCAUGGGGCCCCCCGGGGAGCCGGGAGAGGAAGGCAGAUACAAGCAGAAGCACCAGUCGGUGUUCACGGUCACCCGGCAGACCGUGCAGUACCCGAGAGACAAUAGCCUGGUCAAGUUCAACACGGUCAUCACUAACCCACAGGGGGAUUAUAACACAAACACAGGCAAAUUCACCUGCAAAGUCCCCGGCCUUUACUACUUCGUCCACCACACGUCACAGACGGCCAACCUGUGCGUGCUGCUGUACCACAACGAUGUCAAGGUGACCACCUUCUGUGACCACAUGUCCAACAGCAAGCAGGUCAGCUCCGGUGGCGUGCUGCUGCGUCUGCAGGUGGGGGACGAGGUGUGGCUGGCGGUGAACGACUACAACGGCAUGGUGGGCACCGAGGGCUCCGACAGCGUCUUCUCUGGCUUCCUGCUCUUCCCCGACUAGGGCGGCGGGUCUGCUCCGGCCCCAGGCCACCCCACCUCCCUCAGCUUUCCUGGCUGUGCCACGCCCUUGCUCGGGCCAUUCUCCCCACCCGAUGGACUCCUCCUCCAGAAAGCCCACCCUGACCCCCACCCCACGAGUUCUCUCCCUUCUCUGAGUUCCUGCAGGAUCCGCUGCCUUGACACUUGAGCAACACCUCUGGUGCCAUCAUUCCUUCUUCUCUAAGUGUGGACUCAGGCAGACAUAUAAAUAAAUGGUUAAAUCGAUGAAAA